AUGUCAUCAUGCUGCUUGGCUUCCCUGCAACUCAUUGUUAGCCAGACAGCCUCACUCUCGCCCCAGCGUGAACGAGCAGAACAAUGUGCCGCUUCUGGUAAAAGAUGCAGCAGGAGGAGGGAGAUUCGACAGUCUCCGCGGUGUAGUGGGACAGAGCCAGAUGAGAUUAGUGCUGGGUCCCCAGAGACAGAGCCAGAUGAGAUUAGUGCUGGGUCCCCAGGCACAGAGCCAGAUGAGAUUAGUGCUGGGUCCCCAGGCACAGAGCCAGAUGAGAUUAGUGCUGGGUCCCCAGGGACAGAGCCAGAUGAGAUUAGUGCUGGGUCCCCAGGCACAGAGCCAGAUGAGAUUAGUGCUGGGUCCCCAGAGACAGAGCCAGAUGAGAUUAGUGCUGGGUCCCCAGAGACAGAGCCAGAUGAGAUUAGUGCUGGGUCCCCAGAGACAGAGCCAUAUGAGAUUAGUGCUGGGUCCCCAGGCACAGAGCCAGAUGAGAUUAGUACUGGGUCAUCAAAAGAUUAA